GUCCUAUCGGUUGCACGUCCAUCGGUCUUUUUUCUUCGUCUAAGAAUGGCUGCGACGAGUUAGUUAUAGUUUCGUAUGCAGCCUCCUCAUGAUGUCCUUCUCACUUGUGGAGAUCAUGAAGGAACCAUUGACUUGACAUCAACAAUAAACACGUCCUACUUCCUCGCCUGAUAGUCGUUUAAGAAAGAAACCCGCCCCAGACACCGCACGCGAGGAAACAACCACAGCACGCGAGGACCCCUUUACAUUUUCCUCACCAACCAGAGCCAAAAACACAAAACAAAAAUGGCGCCCGGCAAGUCUCUGUACAACUGGGACACCUACAACACCCAAUACUUUCUCAAUGGCGCCCUUUGCGGGGGUAUUUGCUGCUCCGCCACACACGGCGCGCUCUGCCCCGUGGAUGUGGUCAAGACACGAAUCCAGUAUCACACCCAAAAGUGGUAACGUUAACGGAAUUUGGAAUGCAGCAGUGCAUCACAAUCACAAAACAUGCCAAAAUUUGUAAUGCAUAGCAUGCAUAUUGGGCUACAUUUGUGAUGCAUGACUGCAAUCUGUGAAAGCCGUUAACGUUAACACUUUUUCUUUUGAUAUCCAGCUGGACCCGGUCACCUACAACACCGGGCUGAUCGGCGGCAUGCGGAAAGUGGUCGCCAACGAGGGCGUGGGCGCGUUGGCCACGGGGCUGGGCCCGACGGCCAUGGGCUACUUCAUCCAGGGCUGGUUCAAGUUCGGCGGUUUUGAGCUCUUCAAGGUCAAAGCGGCCAAGAGCUUAGGAGACGAGAAAGGUAUAAUUGAACAAGAUUCUCAUCGUCAGACUCUUUUUACUUGCUAUACUUGAGCUGGACUUGUUCAUAGUGAUGAAUGUGGUGUCAUGUCCGGAUUAUACUUCUACGAGUUUUGCAAGCAGUGCCUCUGGCCCCGCGUAUUGAUUAUGAUUAGCAUUAGCAUUUAAUAUCGCACUGUGUAGUUCAUCACGGUCAUGGCCAUGCUCACAAAAAAUUCUAUCAAUUCCAGGGUUUCAGUACCGCAACCAGAUUUACCUCGGGGCUUCCGCCUGUGCCGAGACCAUCGCCGACGUUUUCCUUUGUCCCCUCGAAGCCGCCCGGAUCCGACAGGUCUCUGACCCCAGCUUUGCCCAGGGCACGAUCGCGGCCCUAAGAAAACUCUACGCCAUGGAGGGCUUCGCCGGGUGGUACUCGGGUUUCAUUCCAAUUUUGUUCAAGCAGGUGCCCUACACCAUGGCAAAAUUCGCGGUGCAAGGAAUGGCUGCGGAACAGAUCUACGGGACGGUAAUGUCAAUCGUUCUUUAGGAGCGUGGAUCCUUGUUCCUUUCCCUUUCGCUGCAACAUUUCAUUUUUUUGCAUGUGUAGUUUCUGCAUUGAUGCGCAUUAUUCAAGUUCUUGCGGUUGGUAUAAUUUCUGCAGCUGCCCCCGCAAAAAGGUGCAAAGCAGCCAACGCGAACUGCAUCGUAGCAUGAAAUUAUUCUCGUUUUUUUUGACAUUACUCUCCAGGUCGGCCAGCCGGCCACGCUUUCGCAGACGCAAAAGACCGGCGUUUCCCUCGCAUCUGGUGUCAUUGCCGGUGUUGCCGCCGCGAUCAUUAGUCAUCCGGCAGACACUAUCAACUGUAAACAUGUCUGGGUCUGGAAGAUUCUGACUCUUGUCAUGCACGUUUUGCGUGAGCCAUGAUGUCUGUGAUGCACACCCUAGCAAUACAGAUUUUUUGAGGGCUUCUUGAUGCCUAUUCCGCAUGACAAAUGCCUUCUCAGCGUAGCAAAAAUUGCAUUCCGUUUGCUACUCAUGCAAUACAGAUUUUUUUUGGAAUCUAAAUACAGCAUCACAACUUGCAUUCUUCCAGACCCAGACAUUUUUACAUUUGACAGACACCCUUUUGUCCAAGAUCAACAAGAAGGGUGCGGGCGGCGAGGGUGGUAUGAUUACGCGUCUCGGUCGCAUUGCGGCGGAGAUCGGGCCGGUGAAGCUGCUCACGACGGGCUUGGCGCCAAGGUAAAGAAUUUACUUUUAUUGCCUCAUCUCAUGCUUGCACUCUCAACAUCCACCCGCAUCGUAAAGAGGAGCGAAAAAUAGUCUCCGCGCAGUUCUUAUUCAAAUCGAAACCCACGAACAACAAGAACCUUUCGCCAUUAUACGCUAUGCACAGCGAUACACAUCAAAGAGAAAGAUCCGUAUAAUCACGAUCACGACGACAACAGGUGCGUCAUGAUUGGUACGCUUACUGCGGGUCAGUUCGGUAUCUUUGAUACGUUGAUGCCAAUGAUGGGCGUGGAGAAAUUCCAUUUCCAUGAUCCCUCAAAGCCGCACUAAGCUGGUCCGGGGCGAGGAGGUAGAAGGCGGGGGCGGGUUAGUCAUGGAUGACCACCUUUGACAGCAGGCGAUACAAAAUUUUUAAUCUUUUCUUUACGUUCGGCUUCUCAGGAGAGACGAGCAAUUGUUACAACGGUUUAGAAUCAUCAUCAGCAGAGUCUCAACAUCAGACAAAACUUCAGUUAAGAAUCACAGACACCUAGAGAAUCACAGUACUAUGACGGUCUAUAAGAUUAAGAAUCUUCAGACGCAAAAAUCACUAUCAGACUGCUUAUCCUUGAAACAGUUUUUGUGGUCGUCACUGACACAGCACCACGAAAGAACCAAAAGUUAGCUUGUAAAUGCAAAAUUAGCCUCAGUUGAUAUUUUCCGACGUUUCAUACGCAAGCGCGACCCUACACCCUGGCGCUCUUUGCCUUUGCCUCGUAGAAACCACGCAGGGCCUUGCCUAUUAAUUUUCAAGUUCGACAUUGUAUCUAAAGAGUGAGAAAAAUCACAGUCAGAAAGGCAUUUGUCAUAAAUCAAAGAACGCUGCCUAAGCCUACUUACAUCUAGGGAAUAGCAUCAACACUAUUAUCUUGCUUUGAGAAGGAAACGGCGAGGAGCGGUGGAUAUUAAUAAGGAUGCCCCGUUGUAGUUGCAACGCGAGCCAAGGUCAUCAAAGAAUUGUCCUAACCACGGUUACGACCAGCAUGCGACACGCAGAAUACAUGUGAAAUGAACGCAAAGAAAACGAAGACGACAUAGGCAUAGCACCAAUGGAUUGGAGUGGAUUGGCUCUAGAUUUGUUGCAACAU